UUACACAUGGACGUCCGAAAAAGACGAGUGGAACAGCGCGUCAAAGAUGAUGGUAACCAGACCUAAAUAAAAAAGACAUGUCAAUACAAUAUUCAAAUAAGACAGAAAGUACAAUGCACAUUGACCAAGUAGCCUAAAACAUACAGUUCUUUUCUAACAGAAGGAAGAAUCGAGACGAAAGACAUAAUUAUGUAUAAAGAGAGCGAGGUUUACCAGCUGGCCCAGAACACUUUUGACAGACAGGACAGAGAGGAUCAGGAGGGACACAUCCCUGAGAAGGAGUUCCUAGUUUGUAGAAAUUUCCUGAUCCUGAACACCCUGAUCAGGAAUGGGCAACGCGCUGGUUCAAUUGCCAAUUUCACAAUGGCGGCACUAAGAAAGGCCGAAAAGCAGGACGACGAGCACGUCGUCACUAUAUCCAAACACAAGACGGGACACAUCACACCCGUCACUCUCUUCUUUUCCCCUGAGUUGUGGAGAUACUUAAGUAUCUUCACAACAAUGAUGAGAAGAAGACUCCCCGGUUACUCUUCGGAGUUGAGGAGGGAAGAGAGUGCGGUGUUCGUCACCUACCCGAUGGGACCAUCAGGACAUCCAGGUCCAAUGACCACGUCACUGGUCAACAAAUCAGUGCAGUCUAUAUGGAAGGCUGCUGGAGUGAAAAAAAAGCUGUCAGUCACCAACUUACGAAAGGCAGCAGCUACCAAAGUCAGGUCAAAGUUUCCCUGGGCUCGUGAUGCCCUGGCCCAACAAAUGACUCAUAGGGCAAGCACCCAGGAUCAAUAUUAUUUGUUGAAACAAAAGAAGCAAGAGAGUGCCAAGAUAGUGAAGCUAAUUGAAAAAUGCAUGACUGAGGAUGAGUCAGCAUUGGAAGUUUGCCAGGGUCCUGGACCCAUCAUUGAGGAGAUUGAAGAGGAGGAGGUGACUCCAGCUAUUUCUUCUCCCCCUGAAGAGGCCCCCCUCCCAGGUCCCCUUCACAACACGACUGACCCAACGCCUCCUGACAUCACAUGA